AUGUUUAAGAGCGAGAUGUACAUCCUUCGUCGCCCGCGUAUGACCCCAUCACGCUCUCGAACUAUCCUCGCUACGAUCCUCCUCAUGAUUUGCGUACCAAUCUUCUUCUACCAGCUCGUCCCAGCUUUCACACGGUCGGUGGACAGCGUGAUUGAAAGCGUCAUUGUCCACUUACGAGAGAGCCACUGCACAGCAGAGAUCGGAGAUGGCCAUUGCUGCGCGCUGUUCAUGGAAGCAACCCCGUGCGUUGAAGAAUGCAGAAAGAAGUUCGUCGACAGAGAGACCUUCACACUGACACUCGAGUACGAUGAAUGUGCCGAUACUUGCCUGCAUGGCUGGGAAGGGUGCAACGGAGCCCAGGAGAAGGAACAGACAACAUGA